GAGGCCCCAGUGGGCCCCGGCCUCUCCGGCCUGGCCCACAGCCUGUCCUCCAUCCCGGAGAAGCUGACCCAGCUGCCCAGCAGAACCCAGCAGAGCUUCCUGAACAUCUGGAACCGCCUCAACAGCCUCAUGCCACAAGAUGCCUAAGAACCGGAACCAGAACAGGAAGCAGCCGGACUUAGAACUCACCCACUUCCUGCGGCACCCCCCGGUUCCCCCUCCUCAUCCUCAGCCGACCUCCCCCUGUCCCUCCCCCCCCACCCUGCCCAACGUGCCGUCCUACCCCCGCCUGCUGCCCAUCGCCAGCCCACCGCGCCCGAUCUCCGGCCUCGCUAACCCCGCCUUCUUCAUCGAGGAAGACUCAGACGGUCCUGCAGAGCCGAGCCUCAGCCUCCGGCCCGCGGUGAGCGUGGAGGAUGUCGACCAGGAGGGAGGAGCAGCAGGAGGAGGAAGAGGAGGAGGAGGAGCAGCAGGAGGUGCAGGAGGAGGAGGUGAUGAGAGCAGCAGCCUGGCCCUGGACCCAAAGCUCAGCACCCUGACGGUCCCCGUGGCCCCGGCAGGAGGCCGCCAGAGUAGAGGAGAUAAAGACGGUGGGAGGAAACGCCCGACCGUCUGGACCAAGACCAGAAACCUGCAGGUCCAGAGCGAAGAUGAUGAUGAAGAAGUCAGCAUACCGGUCCGAGCCUGGCCCAGUGAGUCCAGUCUGCCCAGCGCCAACGGCAUGUAAGAGCAUUCAACCGCCGGUUCAUCCAACCACACAUCCAACCGCCUGCACAUCCAUCAUGCAGCAGAGGUUUGGCUAUGAAUAGCUAGAAAUAAUUGCUGAGAGCAGUUAUCAAUAAAACUAGUCAUUUUAAAUGACUGGGCUCCACCUGAUAAUCAAUAUCUGACAGUUGAGUCUGAGUUAUUGUUUCUCAGCCUGCUAGGUUUAGGGUUUAUGAAAAUGAAGGCCUCAGCCGGAUCAGGAGCAUCAACUCAUUUUCAUUUUGGGCCACAUUAAAAAUCUGAAUGUCCUUAAAGGGACGCUUGUGCCAGAAUCUAUUGAUAAAACCCGU